CACCACUUCCCCAAUCUACAGGAGCCAUUUUAACAGCAUAAAACUUGCCGGAUUGCUUUUUAUUUUCAAGCCCAAAGGACAAAAAGAGAACGAGAAUAUUUGAAGGCCAAGAAGUUCUAGAGAAGAAAAAUUUCAGAAAAAUUGCCUAUGUUUGAGUAGACUAUCAGUGAACCAAGAAAAUUUGAAGCACCAUCCCUAAAGAAAACCUGGUAUACAGUAACUUCACAGACUUAGCUGAGGGUUUUUUUACCCAAAUUGGUCACUGGAUUCUGCUGCCUCAUACUUGAACCUGCUUGGAAUUUUUCUCAUGUGGAUCUAAGGGGAAUGCUUUAUUAUGGCUGCUGUUGUCCAACAGAACGACCUAGUAUUUGAAUUUGCUAGUAACGUCAUGGAGGAUGAACAACAGCUUGGUGACCCAGCUAUUUUUCCUGCUGUAAUUGUGGAACAUGUUCGUGCUGACAUUCUCAAUAGUUACGCAGGUCUAGCCUGUGUGGAAGAGCCCAAUGACAUGAUUACUGAGAGCUCCCUGGAUGUCGCUGAAGAAGAGAUCAUAGAUGAUGAUGACGACGACAUCACGCUUACAGUUGAAGCAUCCUGUCCUAAUGGGGAUGAAACAAUUGAAACUAUCGAGGCUGCUGAGGCACUCCUCAAUAUGGAUUCUCCUGGCCCUAUGCUGGAUGAAAAACGAAUAAAUGGGAUUCCUGAAGUGAUGGAGACUCAGCAGGUUCAGGAGACAUAUGCACACUCACCAGGCGCAUCAUCACCAGAACAACCUAAGAGAAAGAAAGGGAGAAAAACAAAACCUCCACGACCAGAUUCCCCAGCCACUACGCCAAACAUAUCCGUGAAGAAGAAAAACAAAGAUGGUAAGGGAAACACAAUUUAUCUCUGGGAGUUUCUACUGGCACUGCUCCAGGACAAAGCUACUUGUCCUAAAUAUAUCAAAUGGACCCAGCGAGAAAAAGGCAUUUUUAAACUGGUAGAUUCUAAAGCAGUAUCCAGGUUGUGGGGAAAGCACAAAAACAAACCUGACAUGAAUUACGAGACCAUGGGAAGAGCUCUCAGGUACUAUUACCAAAGGGGUAUUCUGGCAAAAGUAGAAGGUCAGCGCUUGGUGUAUCAGUUUAAGGAAAUGCCAAAAGAUCUUAUUUAUAUAGAUGAUGAGGACCCAGGUUCCAGCAUAGAAUCUUCAUCACUGCCAUCACUGUCUUCAACAACCACUUCAAGUAGGAACCAAGCAAGCAGAUCGAGAGUAUCUUCAAGUCCAGGGAUAAAAGGAGGAGCCACUACAGUUCUAAAACCAGGGAAUUCUAAAGCUACAAAACCCAAAGAUCCUGUGGAAGUUGCACAGCCAUCAGAAGUCCUGAGGACAAUGCAGCCUACACAGUCUCCAUAUCCUACCCAGCUCUUCCGGACUAUUCAUGUAGUACAGCCAGUACAAGCUGUCCCAGAAGGAGAAGCAACCGUAACCAAUAGCAUGCAGGAUGAAACGUUAAAUUCUUCUGUUCAAAGUAUUAGGACGAUACAGGCUCCAACCCAAGUUCCAGUGGUUGUGUCUCCUGGGAGUCAGCAUUUGCAUACAGUAACACUCCAGACAGUGCCAAUCACAACAGUUAUAGCCAGCACAGAUCCAUCUUCAGGUGCUGGAUCACAGAAAUUUAUUUUACAAGCCAUUCCGUCCUCACAGCCCAUGACAGUACUGAAAGAAAACGUCAUGCUGCAGUCACAGAAACCGGGCUCUCCUCCUUCGAUUGUCUUGAGCCCUGCGCACGUGCAGCAGGUUCUUACCAGCAACGUUCAGUCCAUUUGCAAUGGCACCGUCACUGUGGCUUCGUCUCCAUCCUUCAGUGCUACUACUCCCGUGGUGACCUUUUCUCCUCGGAGUUCACAGCUUGUGGCUCACCCACCUGGCACUGUAAUCACUUCAGUUAUCAAAGCUCAAGAAACAAAAACUCUUAUACAGGAAGUAGAGAAAAAGGAAACUGAAGAUAAUUUGAAUGAAGACAUUGAUAAAACUGAGCCACAGCCUUAUGUGAUGGUGGUAUCCAAUUCCAAUGGAUUUUCCUCUCAGGUAGCUAGGAAACAAAAUGAAUUGCUGGAACCCAACUCCUUUUAAGUAAUGCACCAAAGGAAUUAUGGAUGAUUGUUUUUUUAACUGAACGUUUUUCAGUUGUCUACAAACUAUCUGAUGAUUCUAAGAGAAAUUCUACAAAUGUUCCUAAUUUUGUAGUUAAUGGUUAAAAAUAUUAAUUUAGAGUUAAUGUUGGCUUUGUUAGAUGAGGGAGGGAACCCAAGUGCUUCUCUUUGUUCUCCAAAUGUUUCAGAAUUCAGUUGUGAAGGAAUAGGCGUUUUAUACUAUGAAGACAUUCUUUUCAGAAUUUUUUUCAGUUCCUAUAUCAUAAGCAUUUUUCAAGUUUCUUUUUUAAUUUUACAUGGUAUUAGCUUUUCUGAUUCUUUUGUAAAUACAAUGUACUUCAAUAUAAGGCAUCAGGAAAUUUAUAUAGGAAUCAUUUUCAUUCCACUUGUGUAAGUUAAAGUCUUGACUCUUUGAAAUCAAGACAUCUAUUUUAUACUUUGAUGAAAUUAUGAUUUCACUUAGAUUGACUUUAGUUGGUCACACUCUAUAAGGAAUUAUGACUGUGUAAAAAAUUACAUGAAAAAUUUGAAAAUGUCCGUGACAGGGCUGAACCUUAUUUCAGAAGCAGGAUAGUACAAAAGCAUCAGCCUAAGAGUGGCUCUCUGCCUAACUAGUUGUGUAACCUUGGGCAAAGCCACUGGAUCUUUUUGGGCCUCAGUUCUCUCUCAAAAAAAAAAAAAAAAGAUGCAUUGGAUUAGACUUGAUCUCCAUUUCUCCAUUUUGCUUUCUAGUUCAAAAUUUGAGGUUCCUGGCUCCUAUAAUUUUAAAGUUAAAUCAACUAAAACAUUAUCACUUAUUUUUUAAUGUAAAUAUAGCUAACACAUUGCAGAAAAAUAAGUGGCCCUACAAAACUCAUUCUUCUGUUAUCUGUAAGAUCUGCUAUGAAUCUGAAUGUUUCCUAAAUAUGUUAUUAACUCGUUAGGCCACUGUGCACUGUGGUCCACUAAUAAACUUACAUUGCUGAGUGUUAAAUGAUAUACUGCCAUUCUGAAAGAGUCAAGGCUCUUGCCCAGAAAGCAACCAAGCCUUGGGCUAAUCUGGCUGAGUAGUCAGUUGCUAUAAAAGCAUAAUUGCUUUAUAUUUUGGAUCAUUUUUUAUUGGGAGUGGGGGGGUUGCAUACAAAGAUAAUAUACAUAUAUAUCUUAAGUCUCUGAAAUGAAAUAGUUUUUAGAUUACUUUUUCAACUGUAAAUAAUGUACAUUUAAUUUCACAAUAAAAAUUGUUUUCUGCAAAUUUUCUAGUACAGCAAAGGAGAAAUUUUGUAGAUGAAAAAAAAUCAUUAUGUUUAGAGGUCUAAUGGUAUAUGUUUUCAUAUUACAGAGUGAAUUUGUAUUUAAACAAAAAUUUAAAUUUUGGAAUCCUCUAAACAUUUUUGUAUCUUUAAUUGGUUUAUUAUUAAAUAAAUCAUGUAAAAAUUC